GAAGCAACCAACGAGAUGUCGCGGGCAGAGCGUAGCGUUCGCGCCCUCUGUCGCUGGAGCAAGAGGCAGCCGGUGCCUCCUUCUUUCCUGCCGCCUCUUGGAGCUGCCGCCAUGGCCAUGCUGCCCGCGGGCCGCCUGGGCGCCGCUCUCCGCCUUCUUCUCCGGCAACAUCAACCAAGAGUGUGUCCUUUCAGGAUGCUGAAGGGUACCUGUACACAGCAAAGUGAAGCCCUGGCAAGCCCACCUCUGGACAAUGCCCCCAAAGAGUACUCACCCAAGAUUCAGCAGCUUGUGCAGGACAUUGCUAACUUGACCCUGUUGGAGAUAUCUGACCUCAACCAGCUGUUAAAGAAAACCCUCAAAAUCGAAGAUAUGGGACUCAUGUCAAUGGCUGGGAUGAUGCCAUCAGCACAACCAGUAGCUCCGGUACUAGAAGAGGAAGAUGUCCCGAAGAAGCAGGAGAAGCUCAAUUUCACAGUAAAGUUGACUGAUCUGAAGGCUGCAGAGAAAGUAAAACUUAUCAAGGAAGUGAAGAACUGUAUGCAGGGAUUAAAUCUCGUCCAAGCAAAGAAACUGGUGGAGUCUCUUCCUCAAGAGAUUAAGGCGAAUAUCCCUAAAGAGGAGGCAGAAAAGAUCAAAGCAGCUCUAGAGGCAGCAGGAGGAACUGUGGUUCUGGAGUAACAGCAUUGGCCUAACUGCCAAAGGACUAAAGAAGAGUGGGGGAAUUGUCCCCUGACUGAUGUGGCCCACCUCCAGCUCUUACUGUCUGCUGACUGGUGGUGUAUGAGGGCUGUGUGCCCUUGCCUUUUACUUUGUGAUGGGGUUUUCCAUUGGGAUGAUCCAGUGCGUGACGAAUGUCUUCAGCAGCAUGAUGUCUGCUACAUGUACCAACACUGCAAAGAACUGAAUUUAUAAAGUGUAUACACAAAGGAAAAUAUCUGUGGAACAA